AAACCUUAUAUCGUAAAUUACUCAUUGGGAAGCAUUAUUCGGACACUGGAUAACUCUAGUAACAGGGACGUGCAAACCACACUCCCGCUCUCUCCUCUUAUCCCUGUCUCCCCAACUGACCAUUCUUCUCCCUCUCAAUCUACCCACAAACAAUCCUCCCCCCGCCUCCCCACUCUCUCUCUCUCUCUCUCUCUCUCUCUCUCUCUCUCUCUCUCUCUAAUGGAUCCUUACAAGUUUCGCCCGUCAAGUGCAUACAACUCCCCGUACUUCACCACGAAUUCCGGUGCUCCUGUGUGGAACAACAAUUCAUCUCUUACAGUUGGAACCAGAGGACCAAUUCUGCUAGAGGACUAUCAUUUGGUGGAGAAGCUUGCCAAUUUUGAUAGGGAACGCAUCCCAGAGCGCGUUGUUCAUGCCAGAGGAGCUAGUGCCAAAGGGUUCUUUGAGGUCACUCAUGACAUUUCUCAACUCACAUGCGCUGAUUUCCUUCGUGCCCCUGGUGUCCAAACCCCUGUUAUUGUCAGGUUUUCCACUGUCAUACAUGAGCGUGGCAGCCCUGAAACUCUUAGGGAUCCUCGAGGUUUUGCUGUGAAAUUCUACACUAGAGAGGGUAAUUUUGAUCUGGUGGGAAACAAUUUCCCUGUCUUCUUUGUCCGUGAUGGGAUGAAGUUCCCUGACAUGGUCCAUGCUCUAAAACCCAACCCUAAGUCCCAUAUCCAAGAGAACUGGAGGAUCGUUGACUUCUUCUCCCACCACCCAGAAAGCUUGCACAUGUUCACUUUCCUCUUUGACGAUCUGGGUGUUCCACAGGAUUACAGGCACAUGGAAGGCUCUGGUGUCAACACCUAUACCCUAAUCAACAGGGCCGGUAAAGCACAUUACGUGAAGUUUCACUGGAAACCCACUUGUGGAGUAAAAUGCUUAUUAGAGGAAGAGGCAAUUAAAGUAGGUGGCGCAAAUCACAGCCAUGCCACUCAGGAUCUCUAUGACUCAAUAGCGGCUGGAAAUUAUCCCGAGUGGAAGCUCUUCAUUCAGACAAUCGAUCCAGAUCACGAGGACAGGUUUGACUUUGAUCCACUUGAUGUCACCAAGACUUGGCCCGAGGACAUACUACCUUUGCAGCCGGUGGGCCGCUUGGUGUUAAACAAGAACAUUGAUAACUUCUUUGCGGAGAAUGAGCAGCUUGCCUUUUGCCCUGCCAUUAUCGUCCCGGGGAUUUACUACUCGGAUGAUAAGUUACUACAAACUCGAAUCUUCUCUUAUUCUGAUACUCAGAGGCACCGGCUUGGACCCAACUAUCUUCAGCUUCCUGCAAAUGCCCCCAAGUGUGCUCAUCACAACAACCACCAUGAAGGUUUUAUGAAUUUCAUGCACAGGGAUGAGGAGGUCAACUACUUUCCUUCACGAUAUAGUUCUGUUCGACAUGCUGAGAGUGUCCCAAUUCCUCCUGCUAUUUACACUGGAAAGCGUGAUAAGUGCAUCAUUGAGAAGGAGAAUAAUUUCAAACAGCCUGGGGAGAGAUUCAGAUCCUUUGAUCCAGACAGGCAAGAGCGCUUUAUCUGCCGAUGGGUCGAAGCCUUGUCUGACCCAAGGGUCACUCAUGAGAUACGCAUCAUUUGGAUCUCAUACUGGUCUCAGGCCGACAGAUCUCUAGGUCAGAAGCUGGCCUCUCGGCUCAACAUGAGGCCUAAUAUUUGAAGGCCUCUACAAUGUCGUUUCAACCCUGAAGAGAAAGCUAAAGGACUGAUAUUCGCGGGUCCAACAGUUCACAUAAUAAUUUGAUAUCCUCCUUUGUUUUGUAUGGUGUGUCCAAAGAAACUGGUGAAGAAACUGAAAUGUACUUGUAAUUUGUCCUUUCAAUAAGAUGCAGUGUUGUGACGUG